ACUCCAGAAUAUUUUAUCUCCAUCCUGUGCCUUGACCAGCAUGAGCCGGCAUAGCAAGAAUGCGACGGCGACGACGCACUUCACGUAUCGCGAGCGGCAGGCGGCAGGUCACGGUACGCUGAAACGGCGCUUCGGGCGCGACUCGCAGCUACCGUUCGGCGUGUGUUGUCUGUGCCUGGCCACUACACACAGCCGCAGCCCCCUCGUAUCUCCCGGAGGUUUUGUCUAUUGCAAGGAAUGUAUCUACGCCAAUUUACUGGCGCAGAAGCGCUCUAUCCAAGACAACAUCGCGGCAUACGAACGCUUCGUGGAGAUGCAGAACCAUAAGCAGCAGGACGAGGCGUUGCAAAAGGAGCGCGAGUCGUUGCAGAAGGCGCUAGAUGCUGCCGACCGUGCCAUGACUGGCAAACCAGCGCAAGACCUGGACCAGGCGCGGGCUUUGGCCACGCAGAAGCUUAAGGAGAAGGUGGACAAAGCCACAGACGACGAUAAGCGCGAGGCCAUGAAGAAGACCAGCUUCUGGAUCCCGGACUGCACGCCCACACAGGAGACGAAGGUGGACAAGCCCGACACCAAGACGAGAGACCCCAUGAGUCUGGAAGAGAUGAAGCUCAAACAUUUAAUGCCAGUCAAGUUCGAGUGGGACACGAGUGCAGCAGACGGUAAGCCGAAGGUGCUGUGUGCCGUGACCAAGAAGGAGAUCUCGCACCAUCGCGCAGUGCUACUGAGACCGUCUGGCCAGGUGAUUCUGGAGAGCUGCUUGAAGGACAUGGUGCUGCCUACCAUGACGUGUCCUGUCACGGGACUGAAGCUACGUAAGAAGGACAUUGUGCAUCUACAAGCUGGAGGCACAGGCUUCAGCGCUCAUAGUACAGUGGAAGCCAAGAAGUACCGACCGAACAUGACCUAGACGAAAAUGACUAAAUUCAGGUUGGGCUGACCAAAACUCGUUCCAAAAUUCUUAAUUUCUAAUUUCUAAACGUGCAAGUCGGAAA